CAAUGUUUUACUCGCCAUAAAAGUCCUAAACAUUUUUUUCGCUUUUUUAUAGUAAAAUUGCCAACUUACGCCGCAGUGUACUAUCCAGAGGAUGAUGUCACUGGAAUUAUACCUACUACUAGAAUCCUAGGGGACCCUCUAUUUGAGAUUAAUUCAGUGGUGACCAUCAACUGGAGUAAAGAUUUGCAGCCGCCAGCUCUCAUUAUUUCCUUGUCAGACUGCAGACAACAGCUGGAGGAUGCCAUUGACAGAUAUGAAGAAGCUCUGGAUGAAGAUGUUGAUGACACAACGUACACACCCCCACAAAAGAAGGAACGAAAGGACAACAAACUACCCCAAAAAGAAAAUGUGAAAGACAAGACAGACAGUGUUAAAGGGAAGCAUACAACAGAGGUUCAGAAGGAAGUGCAUCCUAUAAACGGCGAGAAUGACAGCAGAGAAGGACUAAUGGUGUGUCCACAAGGAACCGAGGAUAAGAUUGACACUUUCCUUACGUCAGAGAAAACAACUCCAGAAUCAACCACACUAGAAGACAGCUCCCUUACAACAUCAACACCAUCAGUGAUGACUCCAAAAUCAACCACAACAGAGGAUUUCUUCCAAACAUCAACGACAUCACCAGUGGAUACUGAUCCGAAGUCAGUCACGCCAGGGAACUCCUCCCUUACAACACCACCCCCAGAGAUAAGAGACACAGAAACAUUCGAACCAGAUGGCACAUUUGUUAUGUUAACAACACCUGAAAGAUCACCUCCAACAUUACUCAAAGAAGUGGAUUUCUCUUAUACAGUGACCACAACACCAGAGAGAACAAGAGACAGCACCUCUUCAACAUCAUCCACAAGACAGAAGCAAACCGUGAGAAGGACUUCAAACCCAUCACAAGAAUGGCCAUUGGCAGUCUCUACUCCAGAUCCAAAACACCUGAGCACAACUCUUCCUGUUUUAAACUUGUCAGAGUAUUUCCCAGAUCUUGAAGAUUCUUUUGUCGCAAAGCAACACGGAAUGAUGCAGACAGUUGAGGAAAACAGACAAGCACUAAGAAGAAUUGAAGACAUCUUGGCGGAAAUCAAAUGUCAACUCAUCAGGAGCAUUACAUCGACUUCCAAAACACAAGCCACAACAGUAACAGAAAAAGUGGAAUCCAAACCUGAACAAACAUUCAAGAACAACUCUUCUCAGACGACAAGUUCGACACCCGCGCCUUCCAUAUUUGCUAACAUUGAACUUCUCGCCACCAGUGAUGAUCCUCCAGCACCAAACAAACCUACUGCAGAUCUCGCAACAGCAACCAGAAGAGUAGCCAAGUCAAUUUUCGAAAGUGUUGAGGCCCUAGCUGCUAGUUCUGAAGGAGAUGGAACAUCACAACCACACAAAAUUGGUUCUCCAUAUCAUCAGCAGAGUGAUAUUGCCAAACAAUGGAUGCCUUUGAACAUGGUGGACUUCCUGGAAUUCAGACCGACCGAAAAUUAAGAGUUGGCAGAGAAUGCAGUUGUGUCAUGAGUAGAACUUCAGAAAUCUAGUGAGUAGGAACCGAAUGACAUCAGCUCAGAUGGAGAAGUACAAGAAGAUCAAAGGAAAAUUAUCCUGCAGUGUUUGGUCAGAAAAAACGUUAAUUGAGAGAUCAAAGAGACAAAAGCCAUUUUCAAUUGGCAUAAAUUUUACCGUCACAUCUGCCGAGGACAGCU